AUGGAGGCGCUAGAGCAGACCCUGCCGAUGGCGAUCGCCUCCGGCACGCUGACGUCCGACGUGGCGUGCCGCCUGCACAGCGUGGACCUCGACUCGGCCGCGACCGCAGCCACGGACUCAAUUAUGGCCGAGCCCCCAGUGGCGCCGCAUGUGCUGAACGCCGUCCAGCUACAGCAGCAAGACGAACAGCAGCAGGAGCAGCAGCAGCAGCAGGAAGAGGAGGUGCAGGCGCCGCUGCAGGCGCCGCUGCAGGCGCAGCUCGCCGCCGCCGCCGCGGCGCCCCACUCGCCCAGGGCCCCCGGCCAUGCCGCCCCAUCACCCAAGCGGGCGGCGGGCUGCCGAGGCGCCAGCUCGGCGCGGAAGCGCCCGCGCGCGGGCGACGCGAUGAGCAGCCCAGUGCAGGCGGCAGGAGCACUGCAGGCAGUGGCGGCAGCCUGGCCGAGCGGGGGGCAGUGA